UUAGUUUCUAGAAACUCUAACGUCGUUAACGUUCUUGGUGAGGAUUCAGAGUAUUUGCUAUGUGAGGAAUGUUUUUUUUCCAAGGGAAGAGACAUCAAAAGGCCUCGAACAGGACAAGCAAAUAACAGGUAGAUUUUUCUAUUGAAGAAAGUCGAGCGCUCAUAUUGCUUACUCUAGCCUAGAAGUACGUAAGCUUAUAUUAAGAUGGUUAUAUUUCCCCCCAUAGCAACUUGUUCUUAAACUAUACUGCAAAGGCGGGAAGGGAAUUUAGUUUCUAAUUUUCUUUUCAUCCAGUGCUGGUAGUGCACGAAUUUGCUCUAUUUAUUUUAUUCAUUUUUCAACACCUUCUGUAUAGCAGUUGUUCAACUGUCCUUGUAUGCCAUGACAGUCACGCUUAAAAAUGAGUCAAAGCAAAGUGCGUAACUUGACCACUUCUGCUCUUCGGGACGAAAAUUUUAUUUGUUAUUUUUCCACUUUUUUUAGGAGGAUUAAAUUAAAUUGUGGAGGAAGACUUGAAUGACACAAGCACUCGAACCCCAUCAGACAUGGACCCUUCUGGGGGCAUAGUACAAGCUCCGAGAAGGUAAGAUACAAACUUGUAAAGUGAUCUGUAAUUCUAUCUUUUUUAUUCCUCUCCAUCUAUUUAUCUGAAAAGUUAUCAUUGUCCAUCAGUUUACUAAAAAAUAUGGACAUUCAUCAAAGAAUUUUAAUUCACCAUUUCGUCAAGCCGCAACGAAAACAAUUUAGGCCAUGUAUUUUAAUGCGUAAUUUGUCAAGCGUACGAUACAGGUUUACUCUCGAAGAUAUAUAUCAGCUCGAUUGUGGUUCAUUAAAAUUAUCCCUGGUUCCAACAUAAAUAUGUUCGCGUGUCAUGGGAGAAGGCACUGCACGUUCGUUUUUGGACGUAGUCAAUAUAUGUGCUCUGAGGUUAGAAAUAAUCGCUCAAUGUGUGGGAAAUCUAACGCAUGUCUCCGAACCUGAAACGAUCACACGCCGUGCAAAAUAAUAAUGAAUUACUAAUUCGACGUUAAUACAAUUUUUUGGCCUCUAAGAACCUUAAAUGGGUUUUUCCAAAAAAAUAGGAGGCUUCUUUUUUAAAUCAGAGAGGUUGUAAUUUGGUUACUAAAAUUACAUAUGUCAGAGAAUUUACUCUGAAUUGUUUUGAUAAUACGCAAGUUAUAUAGCUGUAUUACGUAGAUUGUAUUGGUCGAAAUUCCUAGUGCAAUCUAUUUAUGAUGAAAGCUAAAUAUAACUAUCAUACCACGCUGGAUAACAGAUUAGCUUUUAAGAUAGUUCCAUCUGACCAAAUUUGAAUGCUUUUUCAUUUUUCUUCUUUUUAUAAAGUAAACAAAAAAUAUGAAGUGGAUCUUUUGUUGUCUCAGAUAACAAAUAAAUUAACAUGGAAACAAAACGAGACAAAAACAUGNAAAGUGAUCUGUAAUUCUAUCUUUUUUAUUCCUCUCCAUCUAUUUAUCUGAAAAGUUAUCAUUGUCCAUCAGUUCACUAAAAAAUAUGGACAUUCAUCAAAGAAUUUUAAUUCACCAUUUCGUCAAGCCGCAACGAAAACAAUUUAGGCCAUGUAUUUUAAUGCGUAAUUUGUCAAGCGUACGAUACAGGUUUACUCUCGAAGAUAUAUAUCAGCUCGAUUGUGGUUCAUUAAAAUUAUCCCUGGUUCCAACAUAAAUAUGUUCGCGUGUCAUGGGAGAAGGCACUGCACGUUCGUUUUUGGACGUAGUCAAUAUAUGUGCUCUGAGGUUAGAAAUAAUCGCUCAAUGUGUGGGAAAUCUAACGCAUGUCUCCGAACCUGAAACGAUCACACGCCGUGCAAAAUAAUAAUGAAUUACUAAUUCGACGUUAAUACAAUUUUUUGGCCUCUAAGAACCUUAAAUGGGUUUUUCCAAAAAAAUAGGAGGCUUCUUUUUUAAAUCAGAGAGGUUGUAAUUUGGUUACUAAAAUUACAUAUGUCAGAGAAUUUACUCUGAAUUGUUUUGAUAAUACGCAAGUUAUAUAGCUGUAUUACGUAGAUUGUAUUGGUCGAAAUUCCUAGUGCAAUCUAUUUAUGAUGAAAGCUAAAUAUAACUAUCAUACCACGCUGGAUAACAGAUUAGCUUUUAAGAUAGUUCCAUCUGACCAAAUUUGAAUGCUUUUUCAUUUUUCUUCUUUUUAUAAAGUAAACAAAAAAUAUGAAGUGGAUCUUUUGUUGUCUCAGAUAACAAAUAAAUUAACAUGGAAACAAAACGAGACAAAAACAUGAAUAAUAAUAUUUUUAUAAUAAAUCCAAGGCAAUCACACCAGUGAAUUUAUUAUAGCAAGAUCUUACAGUACUUACAGUAUUCUCUUCUGGUUGCCAAUCUUCACUCCUGUCUUGCUGGUAUUUGUAGACAUCAUUAGCGUUAUCCCAAUUUUAUUGCACUGUGUAGUGCCUUGAAAUGGUUAUAAAAAGUUAAUUUGCAAAGGUCGGGUUUUAAAUCCUGGCAAUUCCUAAAUUGAGUCAAAAAAUCUGAAAUCUUAUUUUGCAGGCCUUGAAAAAAGCUUACAUUCCAGCUUGUCCUUUUGGGCAAGCAGCUCUCUCAUUUUGCUUGCCUAGGUCCAGUUCUUGCUCGUCUUAGUCAGUUAGAGGAUGAAUUGCCUCGACCCUUGCCCAUUGAAUGGGCAAAGGUGCAGGCAAUUCCGGGUUGGCAGGGGUACUCGUUAUGAUGGCCUAUACAGGGAGGCUCCUCCUGAAAGGGGUAUCUUUUUCAGGCUUCAGGUUUAUAAAAGGGUAGGGAUUUCACUAGUUGAAGUAUAUAAAAGGGUAGGGAAAUCUGUCAUUUGGGUCUGUGAAAGGGCCCAGAAGGGCUAACAGAUGAAUUUUAUAGCUUUAUAAAGUUGAGAAAAUGUUCUAUUUUUGUGAUUGAUUCCUAUUUAAAAGACAGUGCAUUUACAGAAGUUAAAAGGGAUGCAAAUUUCUAAACAAGGUUUGUGAAAGGAGUACCAUUUGUCAAUAGAAGGUUUACGAAAGGGGUAUAAGGGGUNGUAGGGAAAUCUGUCAUUUGGGUCUGUGAAAGAGCCCAAAAGGGCUAACAGAUGAAUUUUAUAGCUUUAUAAAGUUGAGAAAAUGUUCUAUUUUUGUGAUUGAUUCCUAUUUAAAAGACAGUGCAUUUACAGAAGUUAAAAGGGAUGCAAAUUUCUAAACAAGGUUUGUGAAAGGAGUACCAUUUGUCAAUAGAAGGUUUACGAAAGGGGUAUAAGGGGUUGGACCUCUGGGCGGAGUCUCCCCUUAUAAGCUUUAAUUUUGUUGAGUACCCCCUGGGGUCAAAUCAUCCUCUUAAUUUAUCAGGCAAUUGUGCUUUAAAAGUUACUUGCCAGCGAGAAAAUCUACCAGUCCUGGGCUUUUUCGAGCCCUGAUUUUGUAUAUUUUAAAAAAAGUACUGCUCAGUAGCUUUCAUUUGAAUGGUCACCCAUAGUUAAACUCAAAAUACUGACAAUGUUGUACAGUAUCCAAAACAAUAUCGUAGAAAGGUAAAGCUCAUAAAUAGCUUGAAUGACUUUCACUUAAAUGGUCAUACCACAGGAUCUCAUCCACAGUCUCAGAAAGUACAACUUGUUUUCAUAAAAGUUUGACCAAAAAAGGUAAUAUUGCCUGAUACAAGUUUGAUCAUACUGCUUGGCACUAUUUAUAAAGCUUGAGUCAUCUUAUAUUUAUAUAUUUCUAACUGUACUGUACUUAUCUGUCGCAACUAGGAUCAUCCAUGUAGAAUAUCAUUGCUGUGCUCUAGUAGAACCUGGUGGCCGCUGGCACCUGACUUUUUCUUCCGGGCAACUUGAAAAUCUUAGUUUUUUCAUAGAUAUAAAACUUAGUGCCGGGCACCCUGUAUUUCAAAGGUUCAGAGCACUGGGCUACCUUCAACUUUUGUUAGAGCAUAGCUUUAUUAUAGCAAAAAAGAAGUUAUAUGACAGUUUUACUAUCAUGAUCUCUAUUUUAGUCUUAACAGUGAUUAGAAUCUGAUUUCUCCCUCAAUACUAUUUCCCUGUGUGAAGAGAAUAUAUGAGUAUAUUAUUACAGCUAGAAGGUUAAUAUUAAGAGCAGAAAUUGUUCUUUCUUUUGUCAAAAUUAAUCUUACGCCACUUACUUAGGAUAACCCUUAAAAAAGUAAGGGGUAGGAUUAUCUUCUGGUCUUGUUAAUCAAUGGCUGUUGUAAUAAGGUCUGAACUGACACAAACUUUCAUUUGGUACUUACAUAUUUACAUACUGCAUAUUAAUUAAUCUUGAAUUUUUACAUGCACAUGUCUCUGAGUUAAAUUAAAGUUAGUUAAAAUAUACUCAUAAUGAUUAAACUGAUCAAAUUAAGUUUACAAAAAAAUUAAAUUUACAAACGUGCAUUUUUUCUUCCGAUCAGUCAUAAAUAAUUUAUUUAUGCAGUAGAGAUGAGGAAUUCUGGAACACUCAACAGCUCAGGCUAUGUACAAUGCAUUAACAUGUGUGUAAGAAUUCUUUAAUAGGCAGUGAUUCCACUGUAGUACUCUUACAAGUCAUGUACUUCAGUGAAGGUAAAUUUGAUACACGUCAACUACCUCUCAUAGUUUUAAAUAUAGAAGCUUAUAUUGCUUUCUCUGUCAGUAUUAGGUACAUGUCAAGAAGUGGUGUUAAUUAGAACAUUCAAGAGAAGCUACUCACAAUAUUAAUUUUUACCAACAAGUUUUAAUAAUACCGGCAAAAAAUAAAUGGGGUGGUGUUCAAGGCUCAGAAAUCAUUUGCAGGUUAUCAUUGCAGAUCAGCCAGGGUGGAAUGAAUAUUGUAUUUAAAUAUAUUGUUACAUGGGCAUGAAUUUCCACUCCAAAAUGGAGCCAAAAAGGAAAUUAUCAUAAGGAUUAUAAUAUACUAAUCGUCUUGAGUGUCCUUUAAGUGUUUUCAUGGCUAUGUUGUCAUAAAAAUUUUGAAAAUUCGUUCCUACUCCAUCACAUAAUAACUGAUGUUAGAGUGUUCUCAAAAUUCUGAUCUGGGUAUAAAAUUCAUCUCCAAGCCCAGAGGCCAUGCGAAAAUGGUAAUUAUAACUUAUCAGAAUUUCAUUUGUUAGGUAAAGAAAAGAUAAGAGGCUUAACACAUUUGUCUGUUAUAUUUUAAUUGCUUAUUUAGGAUUUUUAAUUAGCAAUGGCAUCGUUGUUUAUAAAUGUGUAAUCGUGACAUAAUUAUUAUAAUCCGUGGAUCGCUAUAAAAAGGUCUCAUUUUUUUCAGAGGACUGAAAGUUUCUGUAACCAUGCACAUCAUCCAUGGGCUAUUUUUAAAACUGUGCUUUAAAUAAUCCUAACUUUUUGGGAUGUAGGGGAACAGUAUGAUAUUGAUGCAGUCAAACUGAAAUUCAUCAGAAGGUUUCUGACAGACAAAGCAACUAGACUACUUGUUUUAAAUUCACAGACAAUUUGCCUACAACUAAUGUCAGCUGAUGGUCACAUGAGAUAUUAUUUGUGGUUACUUAUUAUAACUGCUUUUAAUAGUUCAUUGUACAAAAAAAUGAAUCAGUGCGCAAACAAAAUAACACAGAAUUGAUCAUUGAACUUCAAUACUGGUCCACCUGCAAACAAAGAUUCACGGCUACUUAAAUGGUCUAGAUUGGUAGAUUAUUUGUCCAGAGGCCGGGGGGCAGUUGUGUUUUGAGGAACUAAACACCAGAGUCUGUUACUCAAAAAUGAUUGGCAAGUUUUCUGUGAAUCUUUUUGCCAGCAAACGAACAACCAUGGAAACCAAGAAUUGUCAUCUCAUGUAUGUGAUGGUAUUGUAUUUUAAUUAUUCUUUACGUUUACAGUGCCAAUGUUUCGCAUUAUUAUUUACUGCAAUAAAAUUGUUGUCGUUGAAUUUAUAAAUGCAAAGGCGAUUAAAUUGUGAGCAACGUGAUAUCAGGGAUGUGAAGUCAAUCAAUGAAAUACAUGUAGGUGUAGGUGGCUGAUUUUGUCAUCUUCAACUUAACAGAAUCAAAGGAAUUGGCCAGCAGAAUAGGUAGCCAUAAGUACAAAGUGGAAUGUGACCUUUACUAGCUUCCGGCUACUUUUUAUAACCCUGUGGUAUGAAUGUUAAAAAAAUGAAGUGGUGAAAGUAAAAUGAGCAUUCAGCAACUGACUGUCAGGCUUAUCUUUAGGGAAUGCAUGUAUAUUAUCAUUGUUUAAUAUUUUGUUAAAUUUAUCAUUAUCAGCUGAGAUUAGGUUUGAUUUACUGUAAUCUCAAAAAAGUGUCAUUUUUAUUUUAAUUUGUCAUUUUCAGGCUCAAGCCACCUGCCCCACCCCCUCCGCAGAAGGUGAAGAAAUGUGAUCCACUUGAUGUGGAGAUACAAGAUGUUUCUUCAAUCUUCAGUGUGUCAUCUCGCAAAGGACUGAUUAAACCACCACAAGAACAAGCCAAAGAUCCACUAGGUCUUGCAUUUAGAAAACUUGAUGAUCAAACCCAGUCAGAAAAUGGUGAAGGAGGCAGAUCACAGACAAAGACUGAUGAUGAAAAUAAGGUGCCACUCACCCAUAAUGGAGAGAAACUGCUAGCAAAAUUUUAUGCGAUGUUUUAUACUAAUGAUGGUACUGAAAAGGAAUGGAAACUAGAGGUGGAUGGAUUUAUUCCAGUUUGUUUUGUACAAGUCUACGGAAAUGCCAACAAGCCAUUCAGAAUCAUUGCUGUUGAAAAAACGAAAAGGGUGAGUAUUACUUAAUUAUGGUGGCCCACAACUGUCAUGGCAAAACCAAAAACCUCACGGCAAAAACAAAACCAUCAUGGCAAAACCGAAAACCUCACGACAAAAACAAAAACAUCACGGCAAAACCAAAAACAUCACGGCAAAAACAAAAUACCUAACGUCAAAACCAAAAACCUCACUGCAAAAACAAAAUACCUAAUGGCAAAACCAAAAACCUCACGGCAAAAACAAAAUACCUCACGGCAAAACCAAAAACCUCACUUCAAAACCAAAUACUUCACAGCAAAAACAAAAUAGCUUUGGUUUUGCCUUGGGUAUUUGCUUUUGCCGUGAGGUUGUGAAGUUUUUGGUUUUGCCGUGAGGUUUUUGGUUUUGCCAUGACAGUUGUGGGCCAUCGUACUUAAUACAGUCCAGUGAUUUUGUUGCAAAUAGUUAUGGUGAGUCCUAAGACUCAGCUUGUGAAAAAUCAUGGGUCCCUGUCCAUAACCAAUGAGUCCCAGUUCAAAAAGAAAAAACAAGGAGUCAUAAAGUGAAAAUGCUUCGGCCUUUAUGUAACCAGACAGUUAAUCUGAAGACAGACUCCAAAACUCUGUAUUACAGUAUACUGAAAUUAAAAUAUAAUAGUCCUAUUUUAAAACACAACAAAGGCUAAAAGAAAUAUACAUUGUUAAACAACAGCCAUAAUAACUGCCACAGAAAUUACACAAAUGGAAUAUUUCUACAAAUACACAUGCUCAGAUCAAUCGAUCAAUCUUUGUGUCCUGCGGGAUGCAUGCCAUGAAUUAUUUUGCGUCUUGGGGAUUUUUAUGUGCAGGGAUGCAGGACGCAGAGGUAACAAAAUCACUAAAUAAGAGUUGGUCCUUUGCUUUCUUUUCUCUUUUUAGUUGACUCUUUUUUAGAAGAACAUCUCUCUAAGAUGGAUACAUAGGCCCAGUUCAGACGCCGAACAUUUCAUGAGCCAAACCUAAUACAUUGAAUCAAGUACAUGAAAAGUUUGGUGUCUGAAUCAAGAAGGAAUGCCUGUUUUAAUUUGGAACAGCUUAGCUGUUCUUUCUGGCUAGCCCAGCAGGGAAUUUCGACUAUAGAUCAACUUUAAAAGGACUUUGAUCCAGACACCAAACUUUUCAUGUACUGAACCAAAUGCAUAAAUUGUUAUAACGUAUUUUCUAAGCAGUUUGACCGAAAUGAAUAUUUUUCUCCUUCUGAAUUUAGUUCGGCUAGAAUUAAGAAUGGCGUCUGAAUCAAUUCAGCCCGUCUAAAUAAUUUGGGUUGACCUUAAUUCAAAUUAGGUGUGGCUCAGGAAAAUUUCGGUGUCUGAUUUGUUUGGAUAAGAUUACUAUUCUUAUUAUUAUUGUUGUUAUUAUUAUAAUUAUUUAAUUUUUUGUGAAGCUUGCUGCUACAGAGAAAUAAGACUAUUAAAGAGUGAUUGUUACCCAGUGAAAUUCAAGCCUGCCAGUAAUGUCAAAAAUUUAAAUAACAGUACGAUUGCUUUGCUACAUGUAUCGUUUACUUGUCAAAAGUUUGAAAAGUGUCACCAAGCAUUAUAAUUUUUGUAAACUCACUCAAAGAACCAAUUAUAACAUCUUAUUUCUAAUGUUCAAAGAGCCUGGCUAUUGCUUGAAAAUUACCUUUAAAGAGCAUUUAAAGUUACCCCAAGGUCUAAAACAGUACCACCAGUGAAUUUUUCACAUGCUUAAAACAAAUUAAAAUUGUGUAAUGAGGAAGAAUCUGAGUCAUGUUUGAACAAAGAUUUGUAUAACCUUUUACUUAUUAUGUUAAUCCUGCAAUGUUUUUAUAACAAAGUAAACAGUCACAAAAGCUGUCAGCUUUAAUGCCAAUAUUUUGGGAAAUGAAAAAAGAGUGAUAGUGUUAAUUUAUUUUAAGUGAGUGGCAGUCUUUCAGUAAUAGAUGUGAUGUGUCUUUGACCCUAGAAGCAGUUGUUUGUAGAAUUGCUGGCUUACGUACAUGUACAUGUACAUGCAAAUGCAAGUCAUAGACAAAAAAAUAAUAUUUAUGUAACAACAUUGUUGUUGAUUUUAUUAAAAGGAAUAUAUUAUUUUGUAUCCUGAAAUUCUAUCUUUUCAGCCCUAAUGAAAUACAUGAAAACAUUUCUUGAAUCUGAUCAGCUGAGAGCAGUGCAGUUUUUAGUGUUUUAACACAGUGCAAAACUAAGAUAUACAACCCUCCAAGUUAAAUUUUUCCUUUGGUGGCCAUUUGACGACCAGCUCUUUAAGUUUUGUCACCAAAGGACCUUUUUAGCCGCCAAAAUAUAUAUUAAUAAUUAAAGUGUUAAAUAAUUGGUUAAUAAUUAAUUUGGGCUUAAGAAUGGUGGUGUUCAACCAAAACAAUGUUUCUAAACAGCAUUUACCAGGACGUACAAAAACAACAAAAUGUUGCAUUAAAACUGCCCUUAAAGCUAGUGUUCUUUCAGUAUUCUAUGGAUGAAACCGCAUAUCAAGAAAUUAUUUACCUCUGAAUUGUCUUAGUGACACAGCCUUAAAGGACAGCAUGAUCUAUAAAUCAACCCUGUAGCUUUCUAUCAGCCAAAAAACGCAAACAAAAAUACCGCUUGGGAGAUUGCAAUAAAUACCUUUUGCUCUAUUUUUGGUUAAGACAAUUGUUUUUCAGAAAGUUGAGAUUUGUCUGAUGAUGAUGUUGUGUUGGUCUGCUAUGGUCGCUUUUUAAUUUGAAAAACGAUUCAACAUUUCAUGUUACUCAAAUUUAUUUUAAAAUGUUCCAUGCCAACUUUAACUUUCUGCUUUUCCAUUUAUUUUAACCCCCAAAAUAUUAUAUUUAUUUGCGUGUUAUAGACAGUGUUGCCCAAUUUCAAAACGAGGAAAACUGGUUACGAGUCUGUGUAUUAUAAAUUCGGAAUAGCCCUGUUUCAUUGUAUUCAGAUUCAGCAUGAUGGCAAGUCCUGGAGGACAAACAAAGAAAAUAAGUGGACAUGUUUAUAUAUAGUUUUUCUUUGAUUCUGUCCACUAGCCUUAGGAUUCACAAUCCUGUUGCAUUAGAUUUUUAGUUUAUUGAAAAUGGGUUGUUGUAGUAUUUUGGCAAUAUGUAAGGGUCAAGUCAUUUAUUCCAAAUUUGAGGUUAUAUAUACUACUCUGAGGAAAAUGAUUGAUUUAUUGUUUUGCUUUGUUUCUUUUCUAGAUCAUGGAAUAUCAAGUAACUGUUAAUACAACAUGUGCAAGGAAUUCAACUUUCGUGAAGUGGCAAGAUGGGGUGUCAAUGUUUGGUGUUCGCUUUGCCAAAGACGAUCAAGCUGAACAGGUGUUUGUCACUUAAAACUAACAGGAAAAAUCUCAUAAAAAAUUCAAUUGCCAAGUUACUUUUAAUAUCAUAAUUUUAAUAGUCUUGUCUUUUACUUAAAAAUUACUUUAAAAGGCUAACUUUUUCACUAAUUAAAAUUUAUAGUUAUUGUUUUCAAAUUGUUAAGGUUACAUGUACGUUUAUCACUGAACUGAAAACAAUGACUUAAUUUUUUCUUCCUCGUCUUGCUGAGAGCAGUUUAAAGUUUCAGAACCAGUAUUUGUUGAGUAGAAUGGUCCUUUAUGUUAACUCUGUUUGAUUAUUUACGGUUUGACUGUUUGUGACUACCCAAAACAGGAAUUUUUUUUUUUUUCGGAAAUUGUAUGUAAAAAUCAUACUCAGCCUCUCUUUUCCCCUUGCUGUAGACAGAACCUUUACUUCCAUGAGCUGUCAGCUACGAGAGCUUUAAUUACAGCUUUUGAUAUAAAUUAUGCUACAGCUGGCAAAUCUUGUAGUGUCCCACCAUUCAUUAAUUUGCCAACUGUACUUGGUAUCUCAUUCGAAACAACACUUUAUAGCAAGUCUUUCUGAAUGUCCUUCUGGUUUGGGAACUUAAAAAAUUCAAUAUACUGCAAAUAUUGUCCUUGCUUGUUUAAUAUUUUACAUAGCCUAAUCCAGGUAUGCUUGGAAUUGGCUCAUAAUUAACACAUUAGGUGUUUGGUUUGAAAUGCCUUUUGCAUAUUUUGUUGCAUGAAGGAAAACAACUAAGUACCAUUUUCUGUUGUUUUUUUUUGUAUUUGGUUCAGCUGUAGCUGGUAAGAAUGAUUAUUGUUUGUAUUUUUCCCUCAAAAGAAAGGUCCAUUCAGUUUUAGUAUUUUUAUGAGGUUAUUUUGCACUAACAAGCAGGGUGCAAGGAAAGUCAGUUUUACAGCCUAGCUGCCAUUCAGGCAAGCUAUAGCUAGCAUGUACUAGCAUGCAGCCCACAAGUCAUUUCAACUAGCCCCAAAACCCGUUUUGAUUAGCAGGAUUGAUUACAGUCCUUAGACUGUUUUGAAUUUCCCCAAAGAACAGCACUUGCCCAUUGGGCAAGUUAAGAACAAAAAUCACUAGCCUGAUAGCAAAAUCCACUAGCCCUGGGCUAUUGGACAUGACUUUCUUUGCACACUGAACUGUCUAACAGUGAUUAUGAAGUGGAAUACUUUUUUAUAUGAUUUGAAGUACAGUGUACAGUCACUGUAUUGACUGUAUUGUUGUCAGUAACUUUCCGGGAAUGGUCUGUUGAAGUUUGCUUGCUUUGGCAGUAUUAAAUGUCUAUUAAAAGAUACUUAAAAAGCUACUGCAAACCCCGAGGGCAUUACCACAGGGAUAAGGUGAAGGGUACGAAAUUGAAUGUGUGUCUUCUGCUUUACAGUUUUUUAGCACAGUGAAAAGGAUGGCUUCCACAUUGGCCAAAGCUGCACAGCUUCUUAAGCAGCCAGAGAGAAAGGUAACACACAUAAAAUUAUAAUGCACAAGACUUGUUCAACUUUUGAUGGAAGUAAAAUAUUUGUAACAUGCAGGGCACAAUGGUUUCCAAAAGGAGCACCAGGUUUCUAAUGUAGAUUACAAAAAAGAAGUACUGUAAUAAUUAUAAUAAGGUAAGAAUUUAAAUCACUGGCUCUCUUCAAGUCCUAACAGACAGGAUGAUGAACAAUAACAUUGAGUCUUGAUCAACUAAAUGACAGGUUAACAAUGAAAGUUUUUAAACGCCAUCAACUCAUGACGCCCUACUGACUUUGACCCUGAAGAUUCAUGACUAUACCGCACAGGUUGUGGAAAUGUCAGUCGCUGUCUGCAACAUUAUAUAUAUAUAUUAGAUGUGUUUUUUUUUUUUUUUUGCCUUACUUGCAAGCAUUGUUUUUGAUUUGAUAUUCUGUUUAGUUCUUUAGAAUUAAAUGUUUUUAAGAUUUAAUUUUUCUAUGUUUCAGGUCUUCCAGCACAUUUCAAUAAAUCUUGAUAAAACUGUAGGCUGUAUUACUCUUGUUUUUUAUUUGACAUAUCUUAAAGAUGUAAUUAAAAGAGCAUAAAGAAUUUUAGCUAGUAAGGGGAAGCCAUAGCCUGGGCUACAGACAGAACUAAACUUCUGGUUAGGUCCAUCUGCAAAACAGCGGCAAAGUCCUUGUUCUAGGCCCCUGCCUGGUUUGAGUAUGUGCCAUCUUGAUUGGCUCAUUAAAAACGUGGUUGUUGAUUUGCCAAUCAGUUUGAAGGGAAGUUCAAAGUGCAUUUUGGGUAAUAGGCUAGUGGGUUGUUGGGUCCCAGACGUUACCAACCACGUUAGAUUACGUCUGUGACACAUGCUAGGGGAGCCAUUAUUUUUUAAAUUCUGCAGUACUGAUGUGUAUUAUUGCAGCUAUAGAAUUUUAUGGGUGUCUUUAUUUCUACAGGCUGCCAUUAAACAGAUGUCAGAUCCCGCAUCAUCAGGUAACAUCCACCACACAAAAGUGUCACUGAUGAUAAAACUUCCUGACAAACAAACAACCAUCAUGUCUGUUCCUGGAUUGUGAGUAUUUUGAUGAUAUUGUUGAUAUAAUAUUUCUAACAGGCCACCAAGGCCAUAAACUUGAGCUCUAUUUAGCUUAUCAUCACACUAUCAAACACAACUCAAGUACAAUCGCUGUGAAGUCCCAUGAUCCCAGAUGUACACUUGAAGGGGGCUCUAGCCAAAAUGUGUCUCGCAGUAAUUUUUGUUACUUGGAUCGUCCGGCUGGUCAGCUAUUGGCCAAUUUUUUCCAUGUCCUUAGUAAUUUUCCCAGAAGUCUUUGUGAAAGUUAACGUGGCCCAGUUUCCUCUCGUCUCUAAAGUGGCGUAUAACACCCUCCUUGAUCUCCAUUCUUCAGAUGAUACGAAAGCCUCAUUCAAUAAUUGUUUUAUUAUCCAUUCAAAAUAAUUUGUAGUUUGAAAACACGCUAAAACAUGCUUUCCUCCAUUGUUGUUAAGUUCAUCUUUGAUAGUUUAAGAAUAGGAGAUAAAGGUUUGUUCAGCUUUGCAAAUAUUCUCCAAAUAGCAGAUGUCGUCCGUCGAGUUGUCUUCUUGCUGUUCUUGCUAUGUUUUUAGCAAAUAGUUUGACUCUUUCUUCCUUGUGAAAUGAGUGAAAUGUUCCACCAUUUUGUAUUCACUACCAAAACAACUCAACCUCGUCCCCAGGUCCUCUUGGUUAACCUUUCAAUAAUCUGGCAAUUUUGCUGCACGAUUGACGUUAUCAAUUCACGUAUUGCAAAAUUCUUCCAAAUUUGGUCGACAGUAGCUAGUUAUGAUGAAUUAUGCAUGGGAUUUUAGCUAAUAGAAAUAGAGAAAUAUUUUAAAUGAAUAAUAUUGUUACUUAUCAUAUGCAAAUUCUUAAAGGUUGACCAUGAGUGAGCUAUUUGAAACAAUCUGUGAAAAGGAAAAUCUGAACACCGCUGAACAUCAGCUGUCAUUACCGAGGACAGGAGCAAGGAAAGUCACUUUUGAUUCUGGAACAGCUGUUGGUUCCCUCACGAUUAGAGAGGUGUCGAUAAUUAGAACUGUGCUAUCAGCCAACAAUGUUGGAAGUGCAGAGGUUGAAGAAGAGUCCUUUGAGGAUUUACUUGAUUUAGAAGGAGAAGAGGUGAUUUGUUUCUCGAUCAGUCAGAGUUCAUAAUCUUCAUUCAUGCUUGUAAAUAGCUAACUGGUUGCCUUCUGCCUGUUGGGAGUUUUAAUCUUGUUAUGGUCUAUUAAUUUUUGUUGCUAAAUAUUUAUAUGGAGUGCCUGUAAAUUAGCUGGAAAAGCCUUUACUGUAAACAAAGCUUAACCUUUUACAACUGAUUGAGUAAAAUAAGCAGGGCUGUUAUUUAGAGGCGGGGCCGGGAUUACUCCCAGGUACUUUCAUAGGAAAAUAGAAGAAACAUAGCGCUAAGAGAAAUCCCUAGCUGUUUUAUUCCCCUCCUACUUGUUUUAUUUACCGGGCGACUUGAAAUCUUAGUGACAUCCUUGAAUAAUGGCCUGUUUACGCAGAGGUGGGAACCCCAUGUAGGUGAGGUACCCACUUAGUUGGGGAAACCCGCCUGUCCAUAUAAUCUCUCAUUUUAAUUUGAUUAUGUUUACAUGAUAGAUGGGGUGACCGUUUGAGAGAUUAUAUGGACAGGUGGGUGACCCCACCUUAGCAGCUUAGUUCACCUACCUGGGCUCCCCCACCUACUGAUUUUUACUUAUUAAUUUUAAUCAUAUUGGUUCUUUGUAGAGCAAAAUUCUUCACAUCUUUCUUCCCAAUGGGACAAGAAGGUCUUACCGAGUGUCUACAGACAUGACCAUGAAACAGUUAGUGAUGAGAGUUUGUUCACGGGAGAGGCUUAAUCCCCGUCACCACUCACUUCAGUACAUCGACUUUAAACAUGAGUUUUUAGACAUGACAAGCACCGUGGAUGAAAUUGAAGUCAACCAAAUCAGACUUAUGGAUAAAAGAGGUACAUAAAUAUGCUUACUUUAACCGCUCUGCACUCGGCUUCAAACAUGAAGUGCGAGUUUAUUGAAUACCAUUUCUUUUUUAAAAAUUUCCUCAAGAUCUCCUUGCUACUGGAUUAAUCUUUAGGUUUUUUUAAAAAACUAUUUUCCUGAAGAAAAUCAGAGCUAAAUCGCGACUUAAACCAGCGUUUAAUACCAUCAACUGACGUGAUACACCUCUCGUUGACUCUGAAGAUGACUACCGCACAGGUUGUCGAAACGUCAGUCACUGUCAACUACAGACCUAUUCGGGGACUACGAUCGCCCGGAAGAUCGUGCGUCACCUACUCGCGUGCGUCGUGCGUCACCUACUUAUGAAAUUACUCCAGGGCUUAGACCUUUCAUAGUUUUACCGUCAGUGUGUAUGUGGGCGAAUCUUGCCUGACAUCACUGAUCACUGAUCCAUAGCAUGCAAGUUAACCUAUAGAAGGCGUCACCGUAUGUACGCUUACAAAUUAAGAUCAACAAUUUGAAAAGUUUGUUAACAGGAGCAAUUAAAGCAAGUUUCAUCUCCUCGUAGGAAACAGCUAAGGAAAUAGCCGCCAGCAAAAACUGAAAAAUUACUUGGAGGCGAAAAAAGGUUAAUGAGUGUAAUGAGCCACUUUCUAAAAAUUUCGAAUUUUUUUUAGAUACAGAGAAUUUGAACGAAACUAUUAGGUACAAAGCGUUUUCACUUGACAUCACGGCGGUCAUAGUGGUGUUCCAAUAAUUAAACUGCGACCAUGUUGGUAACCUGUGAUCAGGCCGUCCUUCCCUGUCCACCGAAUUUCGCUCCUCCUGAAAAACAGGACGCCCAAAGGAGCCCAUGGAGGUUACCAUGUUGGUGUUCCAAACCAAUCCUGUGGAAGUUAAAGUCUUUUCUAAUGUAAAAACUUUCUUUUGUUCCAAUAAAAUUUACGUAGCUGCCAGCCACCUGAGUGAAAACGCUCUAUAUCGAGCUCAUAUUUUUAGAGAGAACUAAUAUUGCCAAUAGAGAUAUUACUCUGAAAGUUUGAUCAGAGGAAGAUAAGCUUGUUAAUGACGCAAAAAGGAAUGUAAACAGACAUCCCAACUUCAGGGGUCAAGACACUCGUUAAGAAGUAAUUUCUAGGUUAUUAUUGUCUUUGAGUGUUGUGCGUGAGCAAAGUGAGGGCGUGUUGGAUUGAAUUGAUUGAUUGUUGGAUUCCGUAUUCUGGAAUAAGGAAAAAAAAAGAAAUUAACUCAGCCAUUUUGGUGUUCUUUCGCCACUUUCAAAACGAGAUUUUAGCUUUCGCAAAGACUUCUGAGACUGAAUAACAGGGAAAAAACAUUGGCCAAUAACUGACUAGCGUGCUACACAGCCUUUUAGUGUCGUCACGCAACGUUCCUCUGCACGUUGUGGGGAGGAACGUUGCGUGACAACACUAAAAACGGCUGUGUAGCAGACUUAUAGCUGACCGGCGCGUCCCCUGUAAAGAUUCUAGAAACAAUUAAAAUAUUGUUCAAAUGAGGCUGUUUUUAGAAAUUGAAAUGAAAUCCAAGCUUCAAUUGACUGCAAAACAGUCCGUAUUUUUGCGUAUUCAAGUACGCGCGAGCAGUCAAACAAGAGGUCUGGAAUGAGGCUGAAAACGCGCGUAAGACUCUUACGCCACGCUUUACCAAUUUCUUUACUGAUUUUGAGAAAAAAACCGACUGUUUUGCAGUCUAAAGCUUCAACAGCUUCAUUGCGGAACGCGUUUCGGCUUCAGUUCCCUUUUCUGGUAUUUGUAUGUAGCGUUUAAGUGGCCAAAAAUAUAUCACGGUAGAAGAGAUUUGCAACAAAACGUUUGCUAAUGCACCCUGAGGCUGCAAGGCUGAGAGCUACAUGUGUAAUAUAAAUUCCUGCUGUGUAAUCGUGGCUGCUCUUCUUCUGGGUUGUAUGGUGUAUAGUCAGUGUAAGUUAAGCUCUGCUGGUUUACUUAAACUGUUACAGUGUCAUGUGCUGUUAAGAGGAAACUGGCGCAAAUUGGCCGCAAGCUUUGUCGAAAUCCUAAUUUAUUUAUAAAUAUGCUAAACCGCUCCAUUUAUGAGUCAUGCCUCAUUUCAUGAUUUUAUUCUUUGCCUUUUUAUUGACAUGUCACUCUCAUGUUUUCAUUUCCUAAUGCCAUUUUAGGACGUAACGUUUCCAGAUCAUCGAUAAGUGAUGAUAAUUCUCCAACUAAUGAUACAAAACACUUCAGUGAGUACACUAACAGGACACAGUAACAGAGCCAACUUCCUUAUCACAGUAAUAUUUUCCACUCCAGAAACAAUAAGAGGAACAAGCUUUCAGCGCAACAAUUUUUGGAAUGGUUUGGUUGGAAAAGCGUUACUUAUGAUUGGUUUAUGGUUGCCUUGGAUACCAACGACCAAUCAUAACUAACCCUUGUCCACCCAAACGAUCCCAUAAAUCACUGCACCCAGAGCUUGUACCCAUUCUCCCUAGAGUUUCUGAAGUGGGGAAUUAUGUUGAUAGGGAGAUUGCCUCAUAUUAAUGCAUUAUCAUCCUAUGCACUGAAUUCACGCAUCUGUUCAAUCAGUCAUCCUCUUCUUUAAUCACUCACGCAGCCAUGUCCUUUCUUUCACUUUUUCAUUUUCCAUUUGCCCAGUCAUCCGUAUAUCAUUCAUCAACACUUUGCUUAGACUGUUCACAGUUCCCUACUUUUUCGUAAGAUCGUCAGGGUCGAGUGCUUACCGAUACGGGCGACUAUCUUGGGUUCAUAUGUACCAAGGGGGAGGGCAUCGGGGUUUAUAGCAGUGAUGGUGUGGUGGGAGGGGGCAGAUUUUUUUUUUGCCUUCUCCCAAACCAUCCCCCUCCCCUUAAGUAGAUUUAGCACUCUUACCGAGGCUAGACUCAGAACAUUUGAAACAAGGAUGGCCGUCCGUUCUGCAAAGCGCGCGAUCUCGGCGAUCUUGCAGAAGAAUAGGGGACUGUGAACAGUUGACACUUGGUGUUCAUUUUUUGUUCAGCUUUUCUUCGCAAGAAGAGUUCCACUUUGCAUUGAAACGUCAUUACACCUUUUUUCGUUGCGAACGUGUGCAGUGGAUUUUUUUAACCUUUUCAGUAAAUUUUGUGGAUUAACAAGCCAUUUAAAUCACAGCGCGGAGUAUUGAGCCCUGCAGUGGUAGCCUGUGAACAGGCUCUCUGUUUGUUUCACAGGCUAUGCAGUGGUAACUUGAAGUAAAAAACUUUUAAAAAACUGAUCUUGAAAGAAAACUGAGUCCUUUCGAGAGUCCCAUCGUAUUUAUUCAUUACUUCUAUGGUUCUUUUUGUUCUUUCAUUUCACAAUUCUGUCACUCGUGUAUCUAACCACUGACUCAUUCAUUGACACAUUCACUGGUUAUCCUCACUUUUGUCUAUUCAUUCCAACACUGAAAUUUAAAGGAUAUGCAUGAUUAUCUUAACCGCCAUGCUAAUACUGUUGUAAUGCUAGCGCUAAUGGUCAGUUAAGGUUGAUGCUGAUGUUAACACUGAUGUGAUGCGGAUGCAGUGCUUUCCUGCUAAUAGUGCUCAAGUACUAAUGCAUGUGCUAUUGUUAAUACCAAUGAAUGGUGAUAUUAAUGCUAAUGCCUAGACUAACACCAAAAUUAUGGGAGCUCUGCGUGAAUGGUCUAACCUGUUGUUUUUACUAGUAAUGUAAUUGGAUUGAUGGGUGAUCCAGUCUUUCUCACAUUUGUCAUAACCAGGCUAACAGUGGUCUACUACUCAGUCGUUCUUUGUUUCGUCACGCAACGCUCCUCCCCCGCGCUACGUGACGACACAAAGAACGGCUGUGUAGCAGACUAGGCUAACAGUGACAUUAUGGUCGCCCGAAAUUUUAAUAAAGAGUGUGUGUAAUGUCUCGUUCUUUAAGCAAUGAUGCUAUGAUGAGACGAAGCAAGCGAGAUGAAUGUGCAACCGAUCUCGUUCUCUAUGCGGUGAUGAGACGAAACAAGUGGGAUAAAUGAGUAAUAUAUCUUUUUCUUAAAGAUUUGAUGGAACGAAACAGGCGCGAUUAAGAUAUUUGGAUGUUGUUGAGCAUGAAAAAAUUUCGGGCGAUUUGACUGAAAAUGUCAGGCGACGUAACUUUGGUUUCGGGCGACAUGACUUGGCACGUGAUGACUUUUGGGCGACAUGACCGUAAACCCUCAAGAAGACAACAGGAGUCUCUGCUCGCAGGGUGGGGAAACGAGACCACUCCUCGCGUGUCCCCAGUCCUCGCGUGCGCAGCCCGCAAAGCUCAAGUGAUGGCAUCCUGCAAAGUAGCUGUCCUCCGAUGGGAAAGUCAGGUCACUAUUUAAUUAAAAUUUUUAUAUUUUUCUUCCUUCAGAGUUUAGAAAAAGUAGCGGAGUUGAUUUGGAAUCAGAUUUGCCACCAGUCAUUCCUGGAGAGCACAAGGAGACGAGCACAUCGUGGCAGAGAAGCAAGUCUCUGGAUGUGCUUUCUGAUGAUAGAGAGCCUGAAGUGUUUUCUGAGCCAGAUGGACAAGUAGUAGAUAAGGUAGCUCACUUAAAUUUGUCUAUAAGGCACUCUAUAUGAAUAAGUAUAGGUAAAAGCAUGAUUUGUCGUGAUAUUUGGCAUAAAUACUGCUAAUUAUGCUAAUUAAUUUUAAAGAAAGAAAAAACACAAAUUAACGGAAAUAAAAAAGUUUACUUUAACAUACAUAUAACAGAUGAAGAGCCACUUUGUGGAAAGGUAAUCAUCAUCAUCAUCAUUAUUUUUUUUAUUAUUAUUAUUAUUAAGUAGCCGUCUUUGUCUCGUCAGCAGUUUAAAAUAAUCGAAGCCAGGAACUCUUAAGGAAUGGAGAACAAACGACAUCCAAAAUCUGCAAAUAAUUUGUAAGGACGGGUUUUAAAAAGUUCAAGUAGGAAAGAAAAAUCAACCGCCGGGUGCUUGCGUUCUCCAAAAUAACUUCAAUGUGGUUAGCGAAUCUCUUAAUUUGUGGCUUCUCGCCGCGUGUACACGUCUCCUGAUAUCUGAGACUUCUGCAAUUAAAUGCCCGCGAAAGUAACUAUCAGAAAGGUACAUUAACACGCAAAAUGCGUUUUUUUUUCUUUAGAGUAUUCCCAAACAUUCAGCCGCCAAUGGUUCAGUUCCAUCUGCUGUGAGACGACACUCCAGUGGUAGCGGCUCUACUAAGAAGCCACCAGUCGUGCCAAUGCCGUAUGCGUCAAAGACAUCAAGUUUGCCAAAGAAACCGCCCAGAGAUAUGAGCAAUGGAAGUCUAAAGACCUCGACCUUUAGCCCGAUUAAAAAGGAUGGCAUCAUUUCGGCUUCUACUCCCGACUUGAGUUUGCUUUCUGCCAAGUCAGAUGACUCGCCUGGAAGUGGCAACAUCAAGACUUCUACACCUGACGCUAAGACUAAACGCAGAGCCGCUCCGCCGCCGCCUCCACGCCCAGUAGCUCCUAGAGCUUUGUUUACCGACGGGAAACCAGAUGCGCCAGCAAACAAGCCUGGUUUGUUAAUGAAAACGUCUACACUUAUGCCUGGAACUAAUCCGUUAUCAGCUCCUUCGCCAGCUGAUGUUAAAUUGAAGCCAAGUCACAAGAAAAGACCUGCCCCACCACGCCCACCUCGACCUGUCCCGCCCCGGCAUCCCGCAAGACGGGGUUCGACAGAGAGCAAGGACUCGAGAAGCUCUGAAGAAGAUUUCGGCAAAAAAGAGGAUGUAAGGACACAAUUUAAGCAGAACGGGAGUAUCCCUAGAACCGAUCGUGUGGCAUUGUCACUAGAUCUUGAUCCCACCAUACGUGCUUACCAGGAGGAUGAGAAGGGGGAGGACGACUUGAGGGGUGUCCCUAUCUUUAUUCCUCCUCCCCCUCCGGAUGAACUACCACCCCCACUGGACGAGUGCGAGACACCGGUGGGGCCUUUGACAGACUUUGAGACAGACAUAUUAGAAGGUAACAACAUAAACGUUUUAUAAAACUCAAAACUUAAAUCUUAACUUCACUACUUGGUACUAACUCUUCCUCAAAGCUUUCCGUAACAUUUUCUGUGAGAAAAUGCUAAGGCCAAAACAGAGCUUUUUAGUAAAUUUUAAUGAGCUGCUGUAAAGAAAUUCACAAAGCCCCUCGCUGUCGCGUCUCACGAUAAGCCCCAAAUGAAGAGCUUACUCGCAGGUUAAUAUUCACCGGGGUUGUUUGCCAUUUACAUGAGCAAACCGGUCGUUCCACGGUUUAGGCAAAUGUUACGCAAAAUUCAGGACUGGUAAAUUUCGCCCCGGAAUCGCGUUUACCAUUUGUACGAAUCAGUUCCAUUUACCGGAAAGCGACCGUGGAGGCCUGAAACUGGUAUCAAAGAUGGCUUUGAAGAAAUGGAACACGAAUUUCCGUUUGGAAUAUUCCGUCCGGAAAAACAGGACUAUUUUUUCAGAUGUUCCGUUGCUCCCGGAAACUUUCAGCUGGUAUGACCAAAAAGGUCAUGUUCCAUUUACUUUCCAACCGGAGUUUCUGGAAUCUUGUUGUAAAGGGUAGCCAACCAGGAUUUCUUUGCGCACUAACCAUUUUAAAUUUCAAGGAAUAAAUCUAUUGCAAUGACGUUGUUUUUAAAUAUCCUUACAGUAUAUAGUCGACUGAAAUAGCCUUUUUAAUUUCUUUAGAGGGUGUAGAUGGAUGGGGGGAUAAGGGAGAUAAUUAUAAAUGUUUGUCUCCUUUUUAAUUUUUAUUUAGGCUCUCCAGGUGAAAGCUUUCCGGUAACAGUCAACGGCUUUGUAGGAAUUGGGAAGUAUUUAGCUCCUUCUCAGACACAGACUAUUGAGAAUGAAACUGGGCAAAGUGCGGAGUUCCAAAAUCCAGCUCUGUGGUCAAAAACUGAAGCUGCUCUGGCCACUGUUCCGGAGGAUGAUUCGAUUUCUGUUGUCCCACCGCCUCCAAUGUACUCAGAAACUCCGGAAUCAUCUUCAAGUGAAAUCCGGCUCGAAAAAGAACCAACCAUCGUGUCAAACAAGAGAAACUUAGCCUUUGUCUUUCCAGAUCUUCGCAACAAGGUCAGUACUCAAAGUCUGCGUGAUAUUCCACCGCCUUCAUUAGAAACAGAGGCCACAUCAACAAGCCAGCACAGUGAAGAGAAAGGCCGCGACUCGGGGCUUGACGAGAGCCCAGAAAACCUUGAUAUUUCUCCCCCUUCAGAUUCGUCAGAGAAUGUCCCAGUUCAGAGCAGGGAGGAUGUCGAUUCUGGUUCCAAUUUAGACGUCGUAAGUACCAUUCCCCCACCUGUGGAUUUUGCUACUACACGCCCACUUACCCCUCCCUGUCAGUUCGCAAACGCUACUGUUGCACCCCCUGAAGGUUUUGUUGAAGAGGAAGUGAAAGGAAAAGAACCUGAGAAAGCACAACCUCGGAAGAAAUUGAAUGUUAGUGAAGCUUUGUUUCCAUGGAUGAACAAACCUCAAGCUCCUAUAAAUGCCACGGUACCGCUGGCGGUAUCCCUGGACAACAAAGGCGCUCCAGAGGAUGAAAAACCACAAGAAACGCUUCAAGAUGGCGAGAAGAUGUUUAUAAAUGGAGGCGAUGGAGCAAAAUCACAAGAUUCCUCUGCUAGUGCUGUUGUUUCGAUUACAAGUAUCAUCGCAAGCCAAGGCCAUCAAAGCCAAAGUGAAGGCGAGUCAUCAACAAAAGAAUUAAGGCCCAAAGACGAAGAACAAGAUGUCAAAGGAGUAAGAGAAGUGUUAAAUAUAGAAUUACCAGAAGCAUUGUCGUGUGAUGGUAGGGCAACACAAAAAGUUGAGUUGCCGGGGUCAAACGCAGUAAAAACAGAUGAGGUCGCAGCUGUAAGUGUCAGUUCGAUAAAAUCAGAGUGUUCUGGAUCUCGCAAUGCUUCCAAUCCAUUGACAAAUACUUUUCGCCCGGAAGUGAAAGCAAAGCCCGUGAGGAGGCCUGUACAUAAAGAGGAAAUCAAACUUGAGCCUGGUGUCACUGACACGCAGCAAGCAGGCUCAGUAUUUUAUCCAUCCUUGGAAGUUGCAAGAGAGGAGCCAGAGACUACAGCUGCGAAACCGGAACCACAAGUAGUAGCCGUUAAACCAGAAACAAAAAUCAAGCCAGUUAUUUCCGUAAAGGAGGAAGUAAAGGUUGUAAACUCCUCCUUAGUAAACAGAGAGCGGCCGGAGUUACCCUUUAAACCUGUUAAACUGGAAGUACAAGUCAAACCUGAAAAACAGGAAACGGAAGAAGAGCCUGUAACAGUGGUAAAAGAAGAAGCUGGAGUUACAGUUGAGGUACAUAUUACCUCGGUUAGUCACUUGCCUGGAGGAGAUACAAAAUCGGAAUUAGGGCUUGAGCUUGUAGAGAUCAAGCCAACCGUUAAAUCUGAGAAAACAGAAACACCUAAUCCAUCAACACUUAUCAAAGAUGAAAAAGUUGACUUUGAGGCUUAUGCACCCUCCUCAUGUAAUCCAGCGGUGAAUGAUAAACAGAAACCGGAUAAAGCUGAAAAGGCAAAGGUGCAAGUCAAGCCAGAGAAACCAGAAUCGAACAUUAAGCCAGGUACACUUGCACAAGAGAAAGAAAUUAAGUUAGAAGUCGAUGCCCCUGAGUAUUCUGGGGAUUUAAGCAUGAAACCUCCACAGUUUGAAAAAGUACAGCCGGCAUCGCAGGGUGAAUCUGUAAAGUCCGAAAAUGCAGAAUCACUUGAUGUUCAAGAGGUUAUAGUUCCACAGUUAAGACCUGUACUGGAAAGCAGCAUAAAAGUAGUUGACAAGGAGCAACCAGUAUUUGCUGUCAGUUCUUUGAAUGAAGCAGCAUUAGAGGCAAAUACUUCUCUACCGAAAGCGACUACAACGAUUGUUCCUACAGGAAAUGAUGACGUUAUUGUGGAAUCUCUUGUUACUCCAGAGACAAAAACUACUCCCUCCCCGCUUGACACGUUCAAAGAUUUGGCCGAAAGGCUUCAGGAACUAGAUGAAGGCUCCGUACCCUCUAUAUCCAACUCAAAAACGUCCGGUAAUAGUAAGGCUGUCUCCGCAGCGUAUCACGAACCUACAGUCCCAAGUAAAGACCACUUUGUCGAGGACGUUAUCGUAGCUGAGACGAAACAAGUCGAAUUCUCUGUAUAUAAUCAGUUUGAGGAGCUGUUGAAGUUGGACAAUAGAGAGAUAAAAGCUGUUGACGCUGGAGGUAAAAUAAAAGAGGACCUGCCUGUUAAUGCUAUUGUGGAAGAGCAGUACCCUCCUGAUCAGGGAUCUUCAUCAAAUGAAGCUCCUGAUAGUGAUUUGCAUUUAGAUCUAUCAUCCCUACAGAAAUCGCCUGAGCCCCCACGCCCUCCUUCUUCGUCACCUCCCUCAGUGGCCGUCUUGCCUAGGUCAUCUAUAUUACCUUCUCCCAGGGAAUUACUCAGCGACGGGUCAACUGAAUCUGGGAUCUCCCUUACCGAACAGCCUAGAGGUCCUGUCACAUUGUAUACAAAUGAGAAAACGGAAUAUACGCCAGUUCAGACUUCCCAUAGACAAUCGGCUAGAGGUACCGGUGCUGCGAGGCAACACCCAACAGAAGAGAAACCUACAAAGGCCCCUUUCAAGCUUCAGCGUCCACUAAGCAUGCCAGCGGGACAUCUAAGUGACUUAACGAGUGACAUUGUUCAAAAAGACCUGAAAUCGACAGUGCAAUCAGACUCAAGAAAGUCUAGCACGUCUGAAUCGACUGGUGUUUCUUCGUCGUCUUUGCCUUCAUCUCCCGUCGAAAGUGAUCAACACGGCAACACAGAGCUAGUUGAUCUCCCCAAGCCACCUCCAUUUACGGUUCCACCUCUCAGGCGCUACUCGGAUCUUGCACAUGACCUCAGCUUCGUUUCCUCGGCGGCGAAGGCCGCUGUGAAAUCACGGGAAGAUGCACCCGAGCCUAGCGCACCUCCUAAACCAGCUAACUCGUUCCUGAAGCGCAAUUCGUUUUCUGUUGAGGAGUGGCCCCGGAGUUGGGUGGGACCAGAAACAAGCAGCAAAAACGUAGACAAGUCCCAGGAAAGUGCAUCGAAGCCCAGUGCACCUCCUAAACCAAUUAACAGUGCCCUGAAGCGAAGCUCGUUUUCUGUCGAAGGGCGUCCCCGGAGUUGUAUGGUACUAGAAACAAACAACAAAAGCGUAGAGAAAUCCCAGGAAAGUGCAUCGAAGCCCAGUGCACCUCCUAAACCAAUUAACAGUGCCCUGAAGCGAAGCUCGUUUUCUGUCGAAGAGCGUCCCCUGAGUUGGAUGGGACCAGAAACAAACAACAAAAACGCCAGCAACGACAACAACAAGAGACCAGGGAUGUUUUCGUCGGCUUUCAAGCCGGUGUCAUUUAGUGUACCGGGAAAGCCCGUUGCUCGUCCAGUUGAAUUCAAUGCCAAGCAAUUUAACACACCAACUGCAUUGCCAGGUGCACCAUCUGCGAACAACCACGUAGUGUCCAUAAAUGAAAAGUUACAAGUGAAAAGCUCUCUUAAAACGAGUGACGAACCACAGAAGCCUACCCCUGUAGAAGCAGAAAAGGCUGAGGGGAAUUCAAAGAGUGUAUCUUCUCUGGCCCCUGAGGUUUCGCCGCUAUCCACAGACAAAACAACUCGCGCCCAUCAACCUACAUCAACUGAUGUUAACAAUAAUCCCCAGUCAAAGAAAUCAGAGCCUCAUGAAGCAAAGUACGAAAUCGUUUUUUCCGGCAGUCCAUCAGAAACGCAAAUUGCUUCCCAAGACCAACUUAACAAAACUGUUAAUGGUUCACGUCAGUCUUCUAAGAACGUGUCUGGUUCCAGUUCAAUUAGGGAGCAGAUAUUGCGUGACGCAUCUGGAGGGAACAGAGUCACGCGCGCCAGACCUCAGUCUGCCGUUUUUGGUGGCUCUAAAUUCCAAGUCUUCUCCUCAGAUGAGAAGACGACUGGUUUGAAUGGAGGCCAUUGGGCUGACGUUAAGAAACUUGCAGCUCUCCAAUCAGGCUCUACAAAGGGUGUGGGUGCAUCUUGGGUGAAAAGACAAGCAAAUGAGCCGAGCAAUCCGGAUUUGCCACACGUUGCACCUAAGCCAGCCCCACAAGAAAAGACAGUUACCGUGAAGCUGCAUUCAAGGGAAGUAGAAAGUAAACCACAGCCCGUGAAUAUUGUUGGUGGUAAACAACAGCAACAGGUCGUAGCUGAUACCAAAAAGCACCCUGUGAAGACAACUGACACCACGCCGCAGCCAGUGAAAUCAACAGCUGAUGUCACACCCCAGCCAGCAGUCAAUAACGGAUCUCUCCCUAAUGUUGUCAUGAGAACCAAGACGGAGCCACACGACCUUACCAAGCGUCACUCUAUGCCUACCUACAUCAUCGAAGGAGCUGAUCGGAAUCAACCGCUUAAAGUUAAUGGCGGUGGAAGACAGGUAUAAUAUGCCGUUAUUUAGGACCUGUUUACAUGGAGGUGGAGGACCCCUGGUAAGUGAGGUAACACGCUUAGGUGGGGUAACCCGUCUUUCCAUAUGAUCUCUUUUAUGGUCACCUUACCUAUCAUGUAAACAUGAUCAAAUUAAUAUGAGAGAUUAUAUGGACAGGUGGGUUACCCCACCUCAGCGUGGUACCUCACCUACGUGGGGUCCCCCACCUCCAUGUAAACAGGCCCUUAGCCUGCGUAGCUGGCGCAAUUGUUUUUGCGCGUGUGUUUAGAGUUUUUACGCGUUUUUAAGUGUUUGGCGGCUUUUGCUGCCGCCUAUUUCCCUUUCGUAAACGGUCGUUGCCAUUUUUAACGGUCGAUGUUACCACCACCACCACCAACAACAGUUUAUUCAAUGAUCAAAUGAUUUAAGACUAUGUUACCCACAAUUAGCGGGGCUAUUCUAGGUGGGCAACAAUACAAUAAUUGUCUCAUAUAAAGUCGGCAAAAGAACAGUAAGAAAAGAGAAAGCAAAAACAAAAUGAUAUAAAUAAAAGGUAGCACCUAUAGAUAUAAGGAAGGAAAACACUUUGACUGGAUAAGGAGUUCAGGUAGGAACUGGUAAUGGUACUCAUAUUACCAUUGAUUACCAAGCCUUUCGUCAUGAUAGAUGUAAUUUCUUCCCUGGAUUAAGGUACAAUAAGGCAAAUAAUACGUUUUUGAAUAGUCUUAGAAAAACAACGUUGAAGCCCAAGUUGAAUUUACGUCAAACGCUAUGGAAAGGGCUAGUGUCACCUGUUAUUGAUGUAUCAGUUAAGAAAAACAGUUUUCCAGUUUAUGCACUUAAAUGUUUCGAAAUUUUGGUGGAUCAGUCUGGUAGCUAGUGUAGUGGUAAGGGAGAGAGAUAGAGAGUUUGCAAAUAGUAAUAUGGUAACAUUACCCCACCUCGAGUGCCUGUAGAGACAUUUAUUUUCUCGUGCUUUUAGUGUCCCAAAUUCUGACACAAUUUCUGGCGAAAUGUGAAAUCCUGUGGGUGUGGUCCCCCGGGCUAUGGGGGGAGGAGGUGGGUAGAGAACACCUUACGCAUAGACGUGACUGAUUCUUAGAUGUGUUUUUUUUGUCACAGUUUAAUUUCGUCAUGCAGAAAGUAAAAACGGACACAACUGUGGUACCUCAAGGCGUGGUAGCUGCUAUGAAAGCAUUAAGAGAGAAAGAAGGAAACACUGAAGGUAAAACCAUUAAAAUACUGUGCAGUAAGAACAUUUGUUUUAUUAAGAUGAAAUAAUCAGCAUGUCACGAGCGUGGGACAAAGAAAAAAUCUGAGUCCCCGACAGGAUUCGAACCUAUGACCUCCCAAACACCGGGUCGGACGGGCGCUCUAUCCACUGAGCUUCGGAGAACUCAUGGAGAGCGAGGCCAUAUACAUUUGUUUUGCCACUCUUCUUGAACAAGAUCAAGUGCUUCAAAUGUUAGUUCUCGGUCUUUAUCGUCCUUCUAAUAACAUCAACGUCUUCCCGAAUGCUUUUUCUUUACAAUAGGAGAGGGCCGAGAAAAGCCGCUACACGUGUGGUCGGUCUUUUAUUAAUGACUGACGGGAAGAGAGACAUUAGGGAAGCUUAGGUUUCUGGGAAACUUCCCUCCUACCCCUCCCCUAAGCUAUCAUUUUUCCCUAAGCGAGACGUAAGUGUUAAUGUUAGCUCAGGGGAGGGGUAGGUGGGCAGUUUCCCAGAGACCUUAAUUGAUUUGCUUAAGGAACGACAGCGUAAAAACACGAUUGGUUGUCUGAGCAAAAUAACACGAUGCCCGUGCAUCAGGCUUUUUAUAACACGUCUUUGACGUUCACUGCACGUCUACGACGUGAGACCUCAUAAUGCAACGUUUUAUGGAGGUUGUGAACAUCCUACGACGAAUUUUCCUUUCUCUUUUUGAACAUUCACAUAUUCCUUCAGAAUUCAACUCCAGGAAAAAAUCGCCUACAUUUGACAAAUUGAGCGGAUCCAAAUAGAAGGGAUAAAGUUUGAAAGGAAGCAAAUUCCUUUUUUAGCAACGUUUUAAUUGCCGUCUUCGUCAGUGUGCUCAGUUAAGCUCCCUAUCUCUUUUGAUGACGGAUAUUAUACUAUUAGUUUCAUAAAUAGUAAUAGCCAAUCAUUGUAGAAUAUUAGUAUACUACUACAUGAGAAAUUUUUGCAAUUUGAUUGGCUUAGAGCAGUGGUAUUUCAGCUUAAUUUGAAAUACCUACAUGCGAAAAUUACAAACCUUUUGCGGGUAGUAGUAUAAACAAUUCACAGCAUGAUUUGUACGUGAUAUUUGGCAUAAAUACCACUCGUGAUAUUUCAAAAUUGUCUCAAAUUUCACUCGCCUAACGGCUCGUGAAAUUAUGUAUAACAACUUUGAAAUAUCACUCGUGGUAUUUAUGCCAAAUAUCACUACAGAUCAUGCUAUUACCUAUACUUAAUACGAAAUAGGCGAAACAAAUUUUAUCAGAUGCCUUAUAAAAAAAGGCCAAGGUCGUUCUUGGAUGCUUUACUUGGCGCUAACUUGUUUUCGCCAAUAAACUCUGCAAAUUUGCCACUUUAGAAACGAGAAGGGAACUGAACCGAAUUUACUUUCGCAAAGACUUUUGGGACUGUUACUAGGGAUAGGGAAAAAAUUGGCCAAUAGCUGAUCGGGCUCUUCCUCAAAAAUGAUCCCAGAAACAAUUGCGGGACGCAUUUCUGUUCCUGUUCCAUUCUCGUGUUUUAUGUGGCGAAUGGCCAAUGCGCGCCAUAGUGCAAACUGAUUUCCCUUUAUUCAUGUGAAAACAAAAAAAGCUCGUAAAGCAGUAUGGGCGAACGUUGGCGGAAUGGCCUUUGUAAAAUUAAUAGAUUUUCGCGCGCGUUUUGCUGUUAAUGUCCUACAACAGCAGCUCUCGUGGCAAUAUUUCUCGAGAAUUAACCCACCAAUUAAAGGUUACGAUAGCAUCCUUUUACUUGUUUCACUAUUAUGCAUGUGUUCUUGAAAAUUAUUCCACAGAUUAGACGUUACGAUCACGUCUCAACACUCUUUUCAUUAGCCAUGUACGUAUCCUAUCCAACUGCGAGCAGUGAAACAGUGAAUAAAGAAUUGUAAAGCCUUUUCCAGUGAAGAUUUGUUGUUUCUAUCAGUAAUCUUGCCUCGUCCCCAGGCCUCCUCAUCGGUCAUCAGGGUUCAUGUCACAAGUCCAAAAAAGGACUUUUGGUAUACAAGUUGAAUCAUGGCUAGGGUUUUCUAAGUGAAAAGGAGGGUAGUAAACCUUUCCAUUUUAUUUCCCUUUUUUGUCGAUUGUGUCUAAAAGUACACACGAGUGACCACUGGUGAGAGUUCACCAAAAUGCGAUGUUUUAAUAGCCCACGUUCGAUAUAUUAAAAUUCUAAGAUGACUCCGAGGCUUUGUGGUCAUUUUUCAAUAUUUGGUUUGUUUUUUUUAUGCUCAAGUCUCUUUUGGUAAUUGCGAGAUAAUGGAGUCUUGACAAAUUUGCAAUUGACCACUUCAGAAAAUACCAUAACAUACCAUAAUGCUCUUUGUUUGUCACCCCCAAAAUUUUGCAUAAGCAUUGUUUUCAGUUUCUCCUGGGGCCAUUUUAACUCCCAAGAGAAACUGAAGACAAUGCUUAUGCAAAAGUUUGGGGUGACAAACAAAGAGCAUUAUGGUAUGUUAUGGUAUUUUCUGGAUUAAUCAAUUUUGACCUUAAAGCCUCGGAUUCGUGUUAGAAUUUUAAUAUUUCGAACGUGAGCUAUUAUAAUGGCAUCAUUAUUACGUCACUUUAUCAAAUUUUAACGCUUUAACCGGAAAUGUAACGUUUUCGUUUACUUUCCCAAGGGAGGGACUUGUCCAAAAACUGUUGCUACUUCAGACACCAUUUUGCAUACUGCGAAAGUCAACUUCGUUGACGAAGAGCAAGUCAAAGCAAUGGAUUACAGCCUGCUGGUCAUAAGUUAGGCUUAGGUUAUCGUAGUUGUGCGAUCCACUCUCACGGAACCUUUAAGGACAGGAUUCUUCGUGGUAAUGUGGCUGGAUAUGGAAUGGUAGUACUUGUUGGUGAUAUGGGGACUGUUUAUGAACCGGCCCUUAUCUUCGCGCCCCCUGGGCCUUUUGUCAACAUGUUUAACAAGUCUAGCAAUGAUAUUGUUUGGUGAUAUACGAUGAGCCGUUAUACCGACACUCACAAAAUUGUAAGUUUUUUUGACUAUUUUAUUUUAUAUUUUAAAGGUUACGAUAGCAUCCUUUUACUUGUUUCACUAUUAUGCAUGUGUUCUUGAAAAUUAUUCCACAGAUUAGACGUUACGAUCACGUCUCAACACUCUUUUCAUUAGCCAUGUACGUAUCCUAUCCAACCCUUCACGUUUACUUUUGUUCGUAAUCUCACUUAAAAUUGCUUGAAGCAUAAGAAGUAGUUAGCGAUAACUUAAUUUUGCCUUCAUGCCAAGUGCCAGCUAAUGGUAAUCUUGUUUGAGGCUUUAACGAGUAGUACAAAAUAGUUAAGAACAUAUCUGUUUUAUUUACCAGGAGAUUGAUGCAAAAUGCGCUUGAAUCAGAUGUGUAAGUGGCUACAAAAAGCUAAUAUUAUUUUUGCUUGUUAACUGUAUGAUGCUUCUUCCUUCGUCUGCUGUUUUCUCUGCGUUUAUUGUUUUAAACAAAUUCUUAAUUUCUAAUCAACAACUGACCAUAGGACUGCUAGUGGUUACAUUUAGGCCCAGUGUAUACGGAGAAAACAUUUCUCAGAUAGAAGGGUCACUCGCCCACUCGAGCGGAUCAUUAUACUUUUCUGGGAAACUGCCCACCUACUCCUCCCCUAAGCCAACAUUUUGCCCUAAGUGAGAAGUAAGUGUUAACGUUAGCUUAGGGGAGGGGUAGGUGGGUAGUUUCCUAGAAACGUUUUAUGAUCCAGUAAGGGUGACCCACUUAGCCGUGUCAUCCUUUAUCGACAGUAAGGUCACACUCCUUGCCGAGCCAGCUUUUCUCCAUAUAACCAUUUUUUCUCAUAUAAUUAUAAACGCUCGCUUAAAUUGACUCGGCUGGGAGGGUGCCCCUCUUUCCCCGGAUAACUCUUCUCCGUAUAAACCGAGUCAUAGUAAGGUAGACCGCGAGCAGUCUCUCUUUUUCUUGAGAUUUAGUGAGGGGAGUGCAUGCGCGCGCGAGCGGUAAAACCGCGAGACUCGAGACGCGAGAAACGAGGGCGAAAGCCCGAGAAGAAAACUCUUUUUUUCGUGUCUACGUCUCGCGUCUUCAGUCAGGCUCAUGGUAAUUUGUGUGUCUCGCGCGUUUUGGUCGACGGACCGAGAAAGAAAGAGAGACUGCGCGUAGUCUAAGGCAAGAUGGCUUUCUAAUGACUGCCAUACAUCCAAAACGAGGCGAUCACAACAAAUAGGAAAAAACCAGAAAACCAAGGGAAAGCGUUAUCGAUGCUUGAAGCGGGAAAACAUGAAAUCGCUGGUAAGCACGGGAAAAAUUUCAACCAGCCCCCAGCAAGUAAUUCAGUGUUUCAGUUUUCAGUUUCUCGCAGAAACAAAUUAUCUUUCGCAAACUAGUAUAGUCCAACAGCAUUUUGGACGGAAAUAUUCAAAUAUUCUUUUCCAACCAAGUUGGAAAAUCGUGGAAAUUUCAGGGAUUGGAAGGUGGGGGGUAUGACAAGACCCCCCUGGGAUAGAAAUUACAGGGGGUGGGAGGUCUAAAACAAAAGUGCCCACCGUGGGGGAAAUAUAAUGAAAUUUUUAUUUCGGAACUACACAUUCUGUCUAUAAAACUAAAGAGCACGUUGUUUGACCGCUGAAUGCCUAACCGAAAUUAACCACUAAGUAAAAUAAAUUACUAAGUACUAAGCGUCAAAUAGUAACCAUUCGCAUUUUGUUCGUGCUUGCAUGCAUGUUUAUUUAAGUCGUUUUAAUUUGGCUUUUUUUCUUUCCAUCUUGCAGGUAGCAAGUAUGGAGAGGUGGAUCUUGAGAAUACCUUAUGGGUUUAAAAAGAUUUUCAUGCAAAUCUAAUAUUAUUUUCGCUUCUAAGAAUAUCAAAGAACAAAAUUCAAGAAAUAUAAUUUCAUUUUGUGAAAGUUUGAAAAGAAAAUAUCACCAUGCGAAAGUACCAUUGAAGAGGUUUCAUUUGAGUGGCCAUGCUGCGUGAUUUUGUCCACGGACUCAAAAAAUAGAACUACAGUAGCUUGUACAGAAUUAUUAACAGCACGACAGGAAAUUACCGGUCAGUAGCUUUGAUUUGAAUUGUCACGCUUUAGGAUUUCAUCCACAGAUAAAGUUAGAACUAUAUUAGAAUUACAGCUUGCUUUUCUUUAUUGACUCCAGAGUGAGAGAACGAAAAACGUUCUGUUGAACGCAUCUAUACAGCAGUUAUUUAUUGUGUCGUCCGUUUGUAGAUGUUACAAACAUUUUAACAAGGAUCAGCUGCAGUUUUGGUGACAUGCACAGCCAUUCUCGCCAGUUCCAUAAACUUGCAUUGGGAAAAUAUUUUAAAAUGUAAAAAACAAACUAAAACUUGCUUUCUUAUUUAAAUCUCUCAAUCCCGCUGAGGCUUAAAACACUGUAGUAAUAUGACAUCAUCUUGCAUUUUUCGUAUUCAUGACAUAAAGCAGAGAUUUGCAAUUCGUGUACGUGACUUUUUUAAACUGUUUUUUGGUUGUGCACAGAGCCCUCGUUUAGUUUGGUCAGCGUCUUAACGUAAUAUAAGAGACGUGCAUUUGACAAGCAUGACGUCAUUGCGCAUAUAUUUUCAAGUAACGCUGUUUGUACAAAACAGCGCAGGUGUAGUAAAUUAAAUUACAGAAAUUACUCUGGCUGAUAUAGUAGUGUACAUACAUAGCAUUCUGACUCAAGUAAGUAUAUAAUCAACUGUUGACAUUGGAUAUCUAUUUAAGGGCAAAUUUGAUUUGCUGUCUUUUGAGCAAGUUAUUAAAGCACGUCAUGGUUGCCAGCGGAUUACUCACGAAUCGACCCUGAUACCGUAGAUAUGGUCUGAUCGUCGAAAAAUUAUUUAAUGUUCAGCUAAUAGAAUGUGUAGAAUUCGAAUUGGCCAUUUCUGGGUUUAACUUUCGCUUUCAAAAGGAGGCAAAAUGCAAAACCUUUCCUGUGUAGCCUGCGAGCAAGCUCGCCGGGGCGCUCUUGGCGCCGGGGCGGGAAAAGGAAGGAGAGCUUGCAACUACGUCUCUUGAAUUUGAAUAUCGGCAUCGAAAGAGUCGAUGCGAAAUGUUGAUUGGCGGAGAUGACAUAGGUAAUGACGUCAUCACCCUUGGCACGUGGUUUUCAAUGUUUGCUUACAUUCGCGCUCGUUUCCGCUUUCCGCUGAUUGGCGGAAAUCUGACAGCUCAGUCGACGGGGAGCCACAGGGGAAUUGGAGGUGGAAUUUAAAUUCCAGAGACGUAGUUGCAAGCUCUCCUUCCUUUUCCCGUUCCGCCGCCAGAGCGCUCCGGAGAGCUUGCUUGCAAGCUAUUUCCUGUGUAAAGAAGUUUUCUUUGCAUGAGAAUAGAAAAUCGUUUUCAUAUCAAUAGCUUCGUACCUAGCCUCGCCUUCAAACAGAGGCUUGAGAGCCAACUCGGAAGUGAAGUAUUUUAGGGGACGUAUGACAUAGUAAAAUGUUAUUUGUUGUAAUGGCGGAUCGAUAAUUGUGAUAAAUAUUCCUUAUGUAUUGUACAGUACCAAUAUGACGAAUCAACUUUAUUUUGUUUAUGUUACGUGUUAAAAAGAAAUUCGCCACUUUAGAAACGAGGAGUCUGGGCCGAGUCAAGUUUCGAAAAGACUUCUUGGACUGUUACUAGGG